GAAGAAGAGGCUGAAGCAGACCAUGGUGCCCACGUUCAGCAGCAUCGAGGUCCCGACGAAGAACAGCGCGGUCCUGAAGGCCCCUGAGGGAAUAGAGGCGAAGUCCAGGACGCUCCCUUUACACACCAGCUCCGAGGGGCUCUGAUAUAAAGCAGCAGCUCAGGCAGCGGCGUUGCGACUGAGCAGCGGACGAUACGGAGACGCCAUGCUGAAGGUUCUGGUACUGAUCUCUCUGUGCCUGGCGGCCACGGCCCUGCCUACCCGUCCUGACUCUCCUGAAAUUCAUGAUUCUCCUGAUCCUCCACCUGUUCCAAACAAUGACGGCAUCAUCAUCAACCUGAAAAAUGGAGAGCUGUGUCUGUUCAGUGUGCAGUGUAAGAGCUCCUGCUGCCAUCGCCCCUCUGGUCUUAGCCUGGCUCGCUGUGCCCCACGUGCUGCAGAGCGGGAGGCCUGUUCCAAAUCGACCCUGUACGGUACAUAUUACAUUUGCACCUGUGAGAACGGACUGAAGUGUGAAGGCAGCUGGUCCAUCGGAGGAUCCAUCGCUAACACUAACUUCGGAACCUGUGUGGACCCCAACGCUCCCAAAUAAAACAUUUACCAACAGAAUGUGAAAGAUCAUUAGUGCCCUGAAUGCCAUGAUUAUAAAAUCAUUCUCAUAUGCAAUAGGCAGUACAACAGGAAUAAUUAUCCAAAUGCAUAAACUAGUAAGGUAUUGUGAAUUAGUUUAAUACCCAGUAGCCAAUAUCCAAAAUGAUAUAACCUUAAUAUUUUCUGUGCUGCUUUAAUAAAAGCUUUUUUAAUAAAGUACCUUAUUUUAAAAUUUCCUAGAUUACCGUACAGCAUUCUCAAAGCAUGUUGUGUUUUCAACUUCAAGUGUACUGAAAUCUAUGCAGUCAAAACUCUCAUUAUGUUAAUAUAAAAUGUGUAUCUAUGCAUUUUCUCACUGAACAAGGACCACAGGAUUUUACUCACCCAAUAAAAUCAUCUUCAA